AUGUGUAUUAUAAGAUUUUUUACGUGUGAAGCCUUUAGUGCUCACAAAACGAAUGAAAUAUUGGAGAAAUUAAAAAGUGUUGACGCAGAUGUGUCAGCUUUGUCAACUGAACUAUGCUAUCACGUGGAACUUGAAGAGGGAUGCGAUUAUUUAAAUAUUAAUCAAAUAAAAAUCCUACAGUGGCUUCUAAGCUCUCCCUUGCAGCCACAUUCUUUGAAGAACGAGUCUGUAUACAAGUUUACAAAAGAUGACCAGCUUAUUAUUGAAAUAGGACCAAGGUUCAAUUUCUCAACUGCAGAUUCCAGUAAUUCUGUUCAAAUAUGCAAAAGUGUUGGUCUGCAUGAUGUGGUCCGCCUUGAGGUAUCAACAAGGUACCUUAUUACCUUUAAAAAUGUUAAGAAAAUAAACAAAACGUUAUUUGAGGGCCUUGCUGCGACUUUACAUGAUAGAAUGACCCAGUGUAUUUAUACUAAGGAAAACUUGCCUCGACACAGUUUCAAUGAGGGUCUUCCAAAGGAUUUGGAAGCAUGGUAUGUUGUGCCUCUUCAGAAAGAAGGCAUGGCUGCAAUGGAAAGAGUCAAUCAAAAAUUAGGUUUGGCCUUUGACAAUUGGGACAUGCAAUUCUAUAUGGAUCUUUUUGUCAAUAAAUUGAAAAGAGAUCCAACUAGUGUGGAAUUGUUUGACCUUGCGCAGAGCAAUAGUGAACAUUCUAGGCAUUGGUUUUUUAAGGGUCAAAUGAUAUUAGAUGGAGAGAAAAUAGAUGAGUCCCUCAUAGAUAUGGUUGCGUCAACUCAAAAGCAUUCCAAUGAUAAUAAUGUUAUUAAAUUUGGGGAUAACAGCAGUGCGAUUAAAGGAUUUAAACACACAAAGUUGCGGCCAAGUGAUGUGAAAGCACCCUCUCAGGUAGUCGAGGAGGUGACUGAGUCAGAUAUAAUAUUUACGGCGGAAACACAUAAUAUGCCUACAGCAGUGGCACCGUUUAGUGGUGCUACUACUGGUACGGGGGGAAGAAUAAGGGAUGUCCAGGGUGUCGGCAGGGGAGGUCACACGGUAGCUGGUACAGCUGGAUAUAGUGUUGGGAAUCUGCUUAUUCCUGGUUAUGAUCUCCCGUGGGAGGAAAAAGACUGGAAGUAUCCGAACAACUUUGCGAGUCCUCUUCAAAUUAUUAUUGAGGCUAGUAAUGGUGCUUCCGACUACGGAAAUAAAUUUGGAGAACCUUUAAUAUCAGGCUUCGUUCAGUCGUAUGGCUUGAAGAACGGCGACGAUGUUAGAGAAGAAUUCAUAAAACCGAUUAUGUUCAGCGGUGGGAUUGGUUACAUGCCCCACCAAAUGAUUAAAAAGAACAAACCGGAAAAGGGAAUGCUGUUAGUGAAAGUGGGUGGUCCGGUAUAUCGUAUCGGUGUUGGAGGUGGUGCUGCUUCCUCAGUGGCAGUACAGGGUGGAGAUUCUCGAGACCAUUCUCUUGAUUUUGGAGCUGUGCAGAGAGGCGAUGCUGAAAUGGGGAAUCGACUUAAUAGAGUAGUGAGGGGCUGCCUUGAAGCCGACAUAAAUCCAGUUGAAUCCAUUCACGACCAAGGCGCUGGCGGUAACGGCAAUGUAUUAAAGGAACUGGUUGAACCAGAGGGCGCUGUUGUCUUCACAAAGGAGUUUCAAUUAGGAGAUCCCACCAUUACUACUCUCGAGCUGUGGGGUGCUGAAUAUCAGGAAAAUGACGCUCUUCUAUGCUCUAAGGAGAAUAGGGCUGUACUUGAAGGAAUAUGUAACCGUGAAAGAUGUCCCGUAUCGUUCGUUGGUGAAGUAACGGGCGAUGGCUACAUGAGUCUGGUAGAAGAUUCGUACAAAGAUAAUUAUCUCAAGAGAUCUGAUAGACAGAAACCAGACAUUGCAGCUAAAAUGCCAUACGAUUUGCACUUGGAAGCUGUUUUGGGUAACAUGCCCAGGAAGACAUUUGAUCUGCAAACAGAGAAGCGAAGCAAACUUCCACUUUCCCUACCAAACGAUGUAACGGUCGAAAAAGCUUUGAACCGGGUGUUGCGGUUGGUCAAUGUUGCCAGUAAAAGAUAUCUUACUAACAAGGUUGACCGUUGUGUUACCGGGCUUGUUGCGCAACAGCAGUGUGUGGGCCCUCUACACACGCCUCUCGCUGACUGCGCUAUUAUAGCACUUUCGUACCAUGAGCGGGUUGGUUCAGCGACAUCUAUCGGAACCCAAAACAUUAAGGGUCUAUUAGAUCCGGCAGCUGGCGCCAGGCUAUCGCUCGGUGAAGCGCUGACCAACUUGGUAUUCGCAGGAAUAAGUCAAUUGGAAGACGUGAAAUGUUCCGGAAACUGGAUGUGGCCAGGGAAAACUGGCGUACAGGGAGGUUCUCUUGUAGUGGCCUGCCGCGCACUUACUGAAGCGAUGGGAAAACUUGGUGUGGCCAUAGAUGGUGGCAAAGAUUCACUUUCUAUGUGUGCUAAUGUUGGUGGACAGAAUAUUCGUUCCCCUGGUACCCUUGUGAUAUCAACAUAUGCUCCAUGCCCUGAUAUCACUGUCAAGGUGGAACCAGCUCUUGUCAAAGAAGGAGCUGCUUUGAUCUAUGUUCCUGUUUCGCCUGGGUCUUAUAGGAUCGGCGGUUCAGCCUUAGCUCAAUGUUACAAACAAUUGGGUGAUAAUCCGCCAGAUUUGGACGAUCCUAAAGCUUUGAAAUCAUUAUUCAAAGUUACUCAGAAAUUACUUAAGGAGGGAAAAUUACUCUCCGGUCACGACAUCAGCGAAGGAGGUUUUAUAACCACUGUUUUGGAAUUGGGCAUCGGAGGUCUGCGCGGUCUUCAGCUGGAUGUUCAAGUCGAAUCUCACGUGUCCGCCAUCAAUGCGUUGUUUAAUGAAGAACUCGGUAUUGUGGUGGAAGUUGAACAGGCUGACGUGAAAUAUGUGCUCAGCGAAUAUGCCAAGAACGGUGUUCAGGCAAAUGUUAUCGGCGCUACUGGGAAAUAUGGAAUGCAAUCGGAGGUGAUAGUCAAAGUAAAUGGGGCGAAAGUUGUCGACACAAAGUUGAUAGACGUUUUCAAAAUGUGGGAGGAAACCAGUUAUCAGUUGGAGUGUUUGCAAGCUAACUCUGAAUGCAUUAAGCAGGAAUGGAACGGUUUGGAGAAGCGAAAGGGGGUAACUUAUAGUGUCACUUUUGAUCCAACCGCAGCUUUUGUCAAAACCAACUCAGUCAGAGUAGCUGUUUUACGUGAAGAAGGUACUAACGGCGAUCGCGAGAUGAUAGCAUCUUUGAUGAUGGCAAACUUUGACGUAUAUGACGUAACGAUGAGCGAUUUGCACUCGAAGAAAAUCACCCUUGACGCCUUCCAAGGUCUAGUUUUCCCUGGUGGAUUCAGUUAUGCUGACACCUUAGGUUCGGCUAAAGGCUGGGCAGCUGGUAUCUUAUACUCAGAAGCCAUUUACAAUCAAUUCUCAAAUUUCAAGAACAGAAACGAUACCUUCUCGCUGGGCGUGUGCAAUGGCUGUCAAUUGAUGGCCCUUUUGGGCUGGGUCGAUCCGGACCAGAGGAACACGUCAGUCAGAAAGACCCAGAUAUUCCUCGACCAUAACCUCUCCGAACGCUUUGAAUGCCGCUGGAGUGCCGUAAAGAUUAACGAAGACACCACAAAACCGGACGUCUGGUUCCGCGGUAUGGGCGGCAGUGUUCUUGGAAUUUGGGUUGCCCACGGUGAAGGACGGUUUGCAUUCUCGCAGUCAUCUAUUCGAGAACAACUGCAGAGCAAUAGACAGGUUGCUAUGCAGUAUGUUGAUGAUGAAGGAAGACCUACGGAAGUGUACCCAAUGAACCCUAAUGGCAGUCCAGGUGGCUUAGCCGGUGUUCGGUCACCAGAUGGUCGACAUGUGGCCAUGAUGCCUCACCCCGAGCGUUGUAUUCUGCGCUGGCAAUGUCCUACUCAGCAAGCAGUUGUACCUCAACCACAACAACCCGAUAACGACGCCUCACCCUGGUUGCGUCUCUUCCAAAACGCGUACACUUGGUCUUCCAAACAAAAUUGA